AUGAGCAGAAUCUGGGGAGAGUCCUUUGAGCUUGUCGACUGGCUUAAACCGCGCAUGGCGAAAGAAGUAGAGGAUUGCAUUCCCUAUUCCGUCGAAUGCGAUGCACUUACCAUUGCCCUCGUUACCGGGCAGACCGAAACCGCACUUUGGCUUGUCCAGCACGCAUUCACCCUCAACAUCGACAACCCGUCACAGAACACGCAAGCACCUGGAGAGAAUGCUACACUCUUCCUUCGCUUCUUCAAAAAGCAGUGGUAUUCAGAGGCAACGAAGAGGUCAUACAGCUGCUACUGGAACCGAGGCGCCAACGUAGACGCCAGACACAGCUGUGGCGUGACAGCUCUGCAUUGGGCGGCAGAGCGCGGCUAUUCCCAUUACUGCAACAUCCUCAUGGGGGCCGGAGCGUCGUGUGUCCUCCCGUUCGACCAUGACGGAUUGCACCUGCUCGAUCACACCGUCCGAAACGACUCUAUGCUACGAAUCAACAACCUGCUCCUCGAGAAUGCGACGGCCGCUGACAAACACCUAUUUUGUUAUGCUAUUUUCAGAGCCCUCAAGCACCAAGACGUGGCGCUGGGUACUAUCGAGGCACUCGUUAUGUGUUCCAAACGGCUGGGCUGUAUACCGUCGAGUUUCACAUGCUCUUACAUAACCCGUCCGUUCGCUCCAGUUCGCGAAGACCCCCACGGUUCCCUGCUGCACGCUGCGGUCCUGUCGCCGUCCUGUCGGGUUGAAGUGGUGGACUUGCUGCUGAGUAACCUGGGAGACACAGCCAGCACACCAUUGCUGGAUGCUCAUGGACACAGCGCAAUCGAUUAUGUGUUUACACUGAGGAAGGACGAGGCUGUGGUUGCGUUGGUGAAGCACCUAGGGUGCUACGCACCCAAGAGCUACGCAGUACAGUGUGCGAUGGACCGAAUGGGUUUCACCUGA